AUGGAAAACCUCAGUAGUGCAGCCAAUCGGAUUUUGGAGGUAAAUGGCAAAUUAGUGGCCAGUUGUUCUAGAAGUAACUUGGCCAGGCUUCUAGCAGUGGACCCAGACGCUGCACAGAUUGUCGUAUUACGAAAGAGUGAAUCUUUGGAAAUACUGAGAUCAUUACGAACUGAAAAUUUGCGAUUGACGCACAGAAUUAGUUAUCUGGAGGAACAAGUACGAGAUCUUUUAACGCCACUCAAAACACGAAUAACGCUCGAUCCCCCACUACCUAGAAAGGAUAAUUUGCAAGUUUAUCGGAAGGGUCCUGCAGUAACUCUUGUUGAGAAUUUGUCAGCUAUAAGUGGAUACACUUCUGAAGACUUGUGGCAAAGUUCGAAGAUUUCUAAGAACUUCUGUAGUGAUAACUCACGGAGUUUCCACUCUAAGGAGCUCGAUUCAAUAAUGGACAGUUUGCAUUAUAAGUCACGGCGUCGGGAUAAAGACCGCGAAUUGACAAGAUCAAUGGCCAGUUUGGACUGGAAGUCACAAACUGCAAUCCCAUCACAGCGGAGACUGUCUAAUUGUAAUUUCACUUCUGAUUUAAAUGUAUGUCGAACGACUAUGCACCAGCUAUCGUCGCUAGACUUCGAUUCCGAACCUACUUAUUGCCGUAUGAAGGAUACGCAAUGUCGUGCUUCAGAGCGCUCGGAGGACUGUGUAACUGAUGACUUCCAUCAAGCCAAGAGCCGCGGCACACCACCGAAAAAACCUGCACGUCUGUCUUUACAUCGAACUGCUAGUCUGCAGUCUGUUCCUGGCGUAAUGCCAGCAAUUUCUCAGGCACCAAAAAGGCCCACCAAGAGGACGCAUCGAGGGGAUUCACCUAUUGAACAGACUUAUGGUCAAUGUGAAAGUAGUUCUGAGACGACGAAUACUCACCAGACUGAUCAACCACCCCAACCCCCACCCAGAACACCUUCUAGAGCGGACUCGUAUCAGAGGGCAUUUAGAUGGUCAUUACCUAAACCAAGGCGAACAUGAUAAACAUUUUAGGCUGAGUGUCAAGGUCUGAGCGAGUGAGUCUUUUUACGGA